GGGAGUACUACAUUAUACUAAUAACUAGACUUGGGUAAAACACUAACUUACAAAAUAUUCAGUAUUCUAAUGUUUGUGUUUUUGAGAAAGCGCAAAAGCCUCAUGUUUCAUUCCAUUGAAAAAUUAGAAAAGACAGAGUACGCCCCAAAUGGGCCAAAAAAGAAAACCAUUACAGACUUACCCGUGGGCUUCUAGAAAUGAGAGGUGGUAUGUGAUUAUGUUUGUAUCAACAUUAGAAAUUAUUUUAAGACAUGAUGGUAGAAAGCUUCAAAAUCAAUAGUAAACAGGAUUUGUUAGCAUCCAUACGUCUCAGUUGCAGAACAGAAUCAUUUGGCUGGCAAAAGAAGCAAUAGCCUGAAAAGGAAAAAACAACCUAUUGGGAUGCUAAACUUCACCAAAAAGAACUCAUCGAUGUUUGAGAAUCAAUUAGUCUACCAAAAAGAAAUAGCAUCGUAUUAAAAACAUCAAAAAAAGACAGGUGAGCAGGGGCACAGUUCAGAACCUCUUCUAUGUUAUCGUUUGAUGCCAUAUAACCAUGCUACUCAUACUGUGGGUGGCUCAAACUGAAAAGAUGGGGAUAAAAUGUUGAACAAAUAAAAAGUUCUGUGUUCCUUGUGCGUUGUAUGUAUCUUGUUUUCUAAUACAUAAAAAUGCCAGCUCUAAACCAUGAGUAUCCAACAAAAGAAAACAUGCCUGAUUAAAUGAAGAACAUGCGGUAGCCAGCAGCAUUCCACUAGAUAACAGCUUGAGGAUGCAAUUGUCUCAGGAUCCACCACCAAACUACACCAUUCUUUAUUAGCCCUUGCUGCCAAUAAGUGGAACAUGACAAUGUGGUUCAUCUCGAGGACAGCAGACAUAAUAAAAAACUGUAGUGGACAUGAGACGACUUUAGUGUUGUGAUCUCUAUGCUUCUGCCAGAUCUCAAGGCAUAGCAGACAGCAUCAGGGAGAUGUAAUGGCAUGAUUCUUCGUGCCUGCCAAUCAGAUGCUACAUCACUGCUGUACACUUCUGUAUAAAUAGAUGACAGUGGAACUGUACAUACAUCAAACAAGAAGCUCUUCUUUUCUGCUUCUCCUCCUCUCAUCAACCACAAUACAGAGAAAGGCAUCAAGCUCAGAGAUGGCUUUCUACCUAAGAUCGAUAAGUUUGCCUUCUAGGCCUCACGUCAGUGAGACCGAAGUCGAGCAAGAACUCCACAGCCUAGAAGCAAGCAUCUCUUCCUCCAAUUCCAUCAGCAUGAUGUGCGAUGGUCUCAGGAGUCUUGCAAACAUCUACGAUGCUCUUGAAGAGAUUAUUUGCCUACCAAGCAGCCAAGUUUGCUCCUCCCAGCAGAGGAACAUAUUGGAUGGUGAAAUUGAAGGUUCUCUUGAGCUGCUAGAUCUCUGCAGUGCCAUGCAAGAGAUCUUCGUCGAGAUGAAGGCUAUCAUCCAAGAGCUGCAAGUGGCUUUAAGGAAAGCCGACGAUGCAGCCUCUCAAGCCAAGAUCCAAUCUUACACCCGCUUGGCAAAGAAGGCCAAGAAACAUCUCAGGAAGACUGCGAAGAAGGCUCCUGCAGCUUGCAGGAUAGUCAUGCUGUUGGCCAAGGCCAGAGAGAUCUCUGUCUCUCUGCUGGAGUCCACACUUCAUCUCUUGUCAAAGCAAAUCGAAAUGCCUAAACAGUCUCUUGUUUCCAAAGCAUUUCACAAGAAGAAGUUAGCUGUUUGCAAGGAGGAGCAAUUGUUGGAGCUAGAGUGCAGUAUCGGAGAUCUCGAGAGUGGAGUAGGACAUCUGUUCAGGAAAUUAGUCCAGAGCAGAGUUUCUCUACUCAACAUCCUUAGCUCGUAGAUACUCCCAAGUCACUCUUGACACUCUGAUUGGCAUCCACCUUUUAAGGAAUAGCUGAUCUGCAUACAGUUUUCCCAUAUUUAUACACGAGAUAGUAUAAAUGUAAAUGAUACUAUAGAAAGAGAAACAGAAGUUUUGAUCCAUUUCACCAUUUCAUGCUUGAUGUGUGUUUUGUGAGCCUACUUACUUUGUUUUAAUGUCCUUGGUUUGUGGAUCUUGCUUCUUGUGCAUGAAACAUGCCAGAUCAAAGUCACAAGGUCUCAACUUGUUGUUAGCAGAAUCAAUCAGUUUUAUUAUCCAGAUUCUCUACCACCACCACAUGUCCACAUGGCUGUGCAGUCUGGCACUACAAUUGAAUAUUUUUAUUGUUUCAUAUAACAGAGUCUAAAUUAGUACUCUCAAGUUUUAACAUCGUCGACAUCUAUAUCAUUUAAGCAUUUUAGGUGAAAAAACAACAAAAACAUUUAUCUUAGAAGCACAACCUUUUGCAUGUGCUACAGGAUUAACAAUAAUCUGAGCAAAACGUAAUCCAACCUUUUGCACUGAUAUUGUCACGUACAGUAGCCUUAUCAUGGCCUUGCUGAACAAGAGCUUGUGGAAUCGGCCAUUGAGUAAUU